ACAUAUACCAUAAUAUUUAUAUAUAAACAAGAUAAAAUUAGUUAUAAUCAUUUUCGCCAAAAUAAAACUAACCUUUUCAAAUGGAAACUAAUCUGAGAAAUAACUUUGAAAAAUAUUUAUCUGGUGGAGAAACCACCCAAAGUCAAUUAACAGAAGUUUUGUAUAGAACACAAACUGAAAAUAAAAUGCUACCAGGAUUUGAUUCUAAUCGAGAUGAUGUUGAAUAUUAUCGUAUUCAACAGGAUAUUGAUUGUGAUGAAGUAUAUCCAAGAAUAUAUAUUGGUGAUGCUGUAACAGCAAAAAAUAAAAAAUAUCUUAAAAUGUUGGGUAUUACACAUUUGCUUAAUGCUGCUGAAGGAAAAAGAUUUGGAUUUGUAAACACUAAUAAGAAUUAUUAUUCUGACAUAACAAUAAAAUAUCUUGGUUUGCCACUUAUUGAUUUAUGCAGUACAGAUAUUAGCAAAUAUUUUUUCACUAUUGCAGACUUUAUUGAUGAAGCUAUUUCUUCUGGAGGUAAAGUGUUUGUUCAUUGUAUGUUAGGAAUUUCACGUAGUGCAACAUGUGUAUUAGCAUAUUUAAUGAUUAAAAAAGAAAUGUUAGCAACAGAUGCAAUUCGUACAGUCCGCAAAAAUCGUUUUAUUCAACCAAAUAGUGGCUUUCUUAAUCAAUUAGCAAAAUUAGAUAAUCAUUUACGAAGACAACGAUUACAAGUAUAGAUUUAAUGAGGAUUAAAGAUAUAUUUCUAUGAGAUUUUACAAGAUUUAUUCGCAGUACAUAAUGCAUAGAAUUUUAUUAAUAUAUAUUGUAUAUAAAUAAUUGUAUAUAAAAAUUGAAUAUAAUCAAAUUGUUUAUCAAUA